UACUGCCCCUGCUCUGUCCUCUAUCCCUCUUCUCAUUCCCCUUUCGCCUUGCUUGACACGUUGGACAAAGGGUGACAAAUACAGUCCCUUGACCAGUCAAGUCCCGCAACCUCGACCCUCCCUCCCUCCGACAUCCAGUAGCCUUUCCCUUAGCUCACGUCCAUCCUAAUCGAAAACGCUACUGCAUGCACCUGAACGAGCCAGUUCUACUCCUGCUGCUUCCCUUCCUUCUGGAGCUUUUCCAUGGCUCGCUCUUUACAUAACGCUAGGGCGUCCCAAACCAACCACCCCUGCUCAUGACCCUGGUCUAUUCUUCUCCCUCUACUCUCGCCCAGGAGACAAGCACACCACCCUCUGAAGCUACUGGCGCAACCUCUAGCACAAACCUGGUAUCUGACCCCGUCAUGCAUGUGGUUGAACUUAACCAUCUCCCCGGUCAAGAUUGCCCUUGUUAUUCCCACAGUUUCCCCGGAUUCUUCCAUAUGGCCCGUGGAACGAGUUCAGGCGGUAGGAUGCAGAAGCAUAUUACAUCUGGGGCUUCUACUCCUCCUGGUAUCGAGUUCUGACCAACUCAUUAUUUUGUACGCUGCAAGUCUGGUUGGAGGCACACGCUUCUUCUGCACCUUCUGCAUCUUCCUGGCCCAAAUUCCCUGUCUAACCUACCACUAUCCACCAAUCUGCGUGCUAGCUAUUGCCCUGUCGAUCUUUGAUUACCUCGGUCUCAAGGUCGAUCAGAGCAUCAUAGCUCUGACAGGGGACACUUUCAGGGAAAGCUGGCUCUCUUAUUACACUUAAACCCCUGGGACUUCUGGCCCGCUGCCCGAGGUUGAGACUCCGAGGUCUCAGCGUUCUGGAGAGCAACUGACUUCGCCAGCCUACUCUCCGCUGGUCCCAACUAUAUCAGAAACCGUCUUGCUUUGUGGAUUGCUGUCGUGUCAUUUAUUUUGCCGGAUUUCCAGCUUGCUAGUCUGGCCCACUUCAGAAUGUUCCACACAUUCGAGACUGCACAGUAUCACAGCCCAGAACAGGCCGAGCAAAAUGCAAGCUCGGCCGCAAAGCGGAGGACCUCCACGGUGAGAGCUUGUGAGCCUUGCCGACGGCGCAAGAUCAGGUGCAGUGGAGAGCACCCAUGUGAAACGUGUCAAUGGUAUCGGAAGGCUGCGUCUUGUCAUUAUACGGAGCCUAGACAACGUCAGAUGCCCUCCAGAAGAUCUGUCGAGAAGAUCUCUCAGACGCUGCAGGACUAUCGGGCCAUCCUGCAAAAGCUCUUUCCAAACGUGCAUCCAGACCAGCUGAAAGAGCUUCCUCGCGAAAGGCUCGUCGAGCUCAUUCAGAAGAGUAGUCCAUUUCAUCCUCCCUCGCCCCGAACACCCAGUGUGGAGGAGAAACCGCCUCCCAUGAAUCCUGAUGCUGCCAACCUCGAGCAGCUGCAACCGACCCCUGCAGACAGUAACGAUGGGUUUCCCGACCGCAAGACCCAUGCUUUGAAAGGUAUCACGGACGACGUCAACAUGCUGUCCUUGUCAGUCAAGCAGAACUCCUCGUAUCUUGGGAUAUCCUCCGUCAUGGCGGUCCUUAGAGUCAUCACUUGGCUCGAUCCAGACUGCCUGACCAAGUCUCCCGAAAGGAGCGUCAUUCCAACACGUGAACCAUCACCGGCUCCAGAGAACCACAGGACGGAGUCUGACCAGACACGAAAUGACACCUCUUCGGCGUCCGCCUGGGACGAAAUUCCUCUAAUCAAUGCAUACUUUAGCUAUGUCCAUCCCUUCAUUCCCUUGAUUGAGGAGCAAGUCUUUCGAGAUACAUAUAUGGCAGCACAAAGAACCGACUCUCGAUGGCUUCUGCUUCUCAAUAGUGUCCUGGCUAUGGGUAGCGUGGCAGCAGGGUCGUCCGAUGACACGGGCCAUCAUGUCUAUUUCAACCGAGCAAAGCAACAUCUCAACAUGGACACGUUGGAUUCUGCCCACCUCGAGACUGUCCAGGCGCUUGCCAUCUUGAGCGGCUUCUAUCUUCAUUACGUCCAGAUACCCAAUCAAGCAAAUGCUUUGAUGGGUGCCACCUUGAGAGUUGCUACCACGUUGGGACUGCAUCGAGACUACACCGAAGGAGUUGGGCCCGCAAAGAUCCAGAAGGCAUCGUUCUCCAUUGAGAUGCGUCGGCGAAUAUGGUGGUGUACGUUCAUUUUGGAUGCGUGGGCGGGCAAUACUCUGGGAAGGCCGAGCAUGGGUCGAAUGAGCCAUGCCAUCACAGCAAAGCCUCCUCAAGAACCCAUCGGCCAGUCUACAGCCAUGCUGGCGUUGGUGCAGGAAAACGUUCGCUUCUGCAUCAUCAGCACAAAGAUGGAAGACGCCCUUGCCGUGUCUCCUCUUUUAGAAGAGUAUGAACGCUGUCCUCUGGAUGCACUAUAUCUUGAAUGGUACAAGCAUUCGUCGGUGCAGUCAGACUCUUCACACCCAAACCCCAACGAGCCUCGCGGCGUCACAGUUGUCAAAAAUGUCAUGAGGUGGCGCUACCUGUCGAAUCGAAUCAUUCUUCACCGCCCUGCUCUGCUCUGGUAUGCCAUGCGCAAAAUCCCAUGGGAGAGUCUCUCCCCAGAGAGGCAAGCAGCAAUCGAACUCUGCCGGGGCGUAUGUGCGGAGUUGAUUAACGACAUUGCCUGCACCUGGCGAGGUCAGAAGGCUUGUCAAAUGUCUGGCUGGAAUGCCACAUGGCUCCUUUAUCAAGCCGUGAUGGUUCCACUUCUCUCGCUGUACUCGGAUCCCCACGACGUCGACGUGGUGGAGAGCAGCCGCCAUCAAGUUGAAGUCGCCAUGCAAGUCUUCAAGGAGCUGCAGGGCUGGUCUUCCACCGCUCGCCGGUCGCUGGAGGUCAUCCUCCGGCUAUAUGAAGCCAGCAAACGGCAUUCAGCCGCUCUGCAGGAGCUACAGGAGACAUACCUGCCAAAUACCAUGGAUACGCCUACGUCGUUCACGACGCCAGCUCCACAACACGCGCAAUUGACGACCAUGCCGACGUCCACAGCGGCGGCGGCGUCGUCGUCUUUCCGUCCCACAUAUAUUGACGUCUCCUUUGCCAACACCUACGGCAACCUGGACGACCUGAACACAGCCACCCAGGAGCUGUUCAUGGACAACAUGUUCGACACGCUCAACUGGAGCACGAGCUGGGACAGCCCCAUUGGCGGAACCCCGAUGAUGAACGGCUGGGAUUACAGCUCCAUGCACCACUGGGCGGGCAUCCCCCAGGCGGAUGAAUAUUUUGGCGGAUUCGGCCUGUCUGACGACCCCGGCAGCCAGAUGGGAGUGGUGGGGGCUUCGGACGCAGGAGGAGCAGGGGUUGGGACUGGGACAGGACCAGCAGGGGGUCCGUUCGACGUGGACAUGCACGCCGCCCCCAAUCCGGGGGAUAUCAUGAACGGACACUAUGCACAUAAUACGAGUAUGGAUCAUCGGCACCCGUGAUGAGGACGGAAAACGAGAUGGGCUCUGGGGCCCCACACUUCGGGUCGUGGAACGAAUACUUGGGUGCUGUUCAAGAACAACUAUGUGGUACAGGGCGAUGGCAUGAAGAAGCGAUGAAGCGGGCAAAAAAAGGUGGUCACUCGUAUUCCCCUUUGUUUUUUCUUUGCCCUCUCUCCUUUGUAGGAGUGGCUGGAGUAUUGAUAGCACAUGAACUUGAGCGCGCGCGUAUGAGCACAGGCAUAUGCAAUAUGAUAUCUAGACUUUG